AUGGAGACUCCAAGCAAAGGAAAAUCUAAAUUCUGCAGAAAGGCCACUAAAGAUAUAGGUAACUCUGAUGAGGAUGAUGAUUUGUUAUCUUCUAUUGGGAGUUCUGAUGAUAACAUGCAGGAAGAUCAAUUGAUGAGCUUGGUAGAGCAUCGCCUUCCAAUCAAGGAAGAAUUUAAGCCAUAUCAACAACCAGCCAGGAGAAUGUCUAAAGAAAUCAAACUCAGGGUAAAGGAUGAAAUUGAGAAAUUGCUAAAAGCAAGCUUCAUUAGACCACAAGGUGCCACUUAUCAAAAGGCCAUGAAUGCCAUUUUUCAUGAUAUGCUAGGUCAUCAUAUGGAAGUUUAUAUUGAUGACAUAGUAGUAAAGUCUAAAAAAGCUACUGACCACGUGAAGCACCUAAAGAAAAGCUCUCGGAGGAUAAGAGAGCACAGACUAAAGUUGAACCCAUUGAAAUGUGCUUUUGGAGUUUAG